UGAUGUCGAUCGUAGCGCCACGACAUGAUACCGCCAAGCGACCAAGCAACGAAGAAACUAGGAGUAAAAAGGUUUUGCGACGUUUUACGAAUUUAACUUUCAUUUAAAACGAAAUAUUUUGCUGUAAAAUUAAGUUAAAUGAAGAUACACGUUCAAAAUGUUGUUUGCAGAUGCGCUUUCGGAAAACGGCGCUACCUACAAACAAAAAGAGCAGACACCGGAAGCCGAGCACGCCGAGCACAUCCGAGCAGUGAGCACGAGUGUCAUCAUGGCUGACGAGGAGUCUGCGAAGAAUAUCAAAUUGGUGAUCAAAACAGCGAAAGAAAAACAAACUGUGACUGUCGAUGGAUCGUCCUCGGUAAAAGAGCUGAAGGAGGAAGUGGCCAAGGUGUUCAGUGCUCCCCAGGAGCAGUUGUGUCUCAUCUUUGCUGGCAAGAUCCUCAAGGACAAUGAAAGCCUGGCUUCUCACAACAUCAAAGAUGGCCUCACGGUGCACCUGGUGGUCCGGUCUUCGGCGGCGGCCGCCAGGGGUGACAACCCACCAGCACCUGGGGAUCCCAACCAGGGGGGUUCCCAAUCUGGGGUGCCUCCAAACCCGUUUGCUGCUGGAGGGGGCGGCAUACCGGGGCUGUCAGGGCUUGGCCUUGGCUCUGGCUCCUUUGUUGAGAUGCAGCAGCGGAUGCAGCGAGAGCUGAUGAGUAACCCGGACCUGCUGCGGCAGCUGAUGGACAACCCAUUUGUGCAGUCACUCAUGUCUAACCCAGACUACAUGCGCCAGCUGAUUGUGGGCAACCCCCAGAUGCAGCAGCUGAUGGAGCGGAACCCCGAGAUCAGCCACAUGCUGAACAACCCCGAGCUGCUGCGGCAGACAAUGGAGGUGGUGCGCAACCCUUCGAUGCUUCAAGAGCUCAUGCGCACUCAGGACCGGGCACUCAGCAACCUCGAGAGUGUUCCUGGAGGCUACAAUGCCCUGCGUCGUAUGUACACGGAGCUGCAGGAGCCCAUGAUGAAUGCAGCUCAGGAGCAGUUCGGUGGAAACCCGUUCGCCUCCCUCCUCAACGCCGGUGGGGCCGGUUCCCCAGGGGCCCCGCCGCAGCCGCAGCAAGAGGCCGGAGGCCAGUCGCCGUCCAACCAGGGCACUGAGAACCGGAACCCCCUGCCCAACCCCUGGGCGCCAGGCAGCGGGGGCAGUCCCGCUGGCAACGGGACGGGGGGACAGGCGCCCCCUGCGGGAGGAGUAUUGGGAGGCCUCGGGGGUCUGGGUGGCCCUGGGACGGGGGGCGCCGGCAUGUUUGGCACCCCGGGUAUGCAGAGCGUGAUGCGGCAGCUCACCGAGGACCCCAGCCUGAUGCAGAACAUGAUGAACGCCCCCUACGUCCAGAACAUGCUCCAGGCCCUGGCCGCCAACCCGGAGAUGGCCAAUCAGGUGAUGGCCUCGAACCCUCUGCUGGCGGGCAACCCCCAGCUGCAGGAGCAGAUGCGGCGCCUGAUGCCCCAGUUCCUGCAGCAGCUGCAGAACCCCGAGGUGCAGGGGCUCAUCACCAACCCACAGGCCAUGCAGGCUAUGAUGCAGAUCCAGCAGGGCAUGGAGCAGCUGCACAGGGUGGCUCCCAGCGUCUUUGGGCCGGGGGGACCAGGCUCUGCCCCCACCACAGGGGGCACCGCACCCACGGCAGCACCGGGCUCCACCCCCAGCCCAGUCGGCUCCGCCCCUGGCUCUGCACCCGAUCCCAGCCCCGCUCUCGGAGGGGGUGCCGACCCCGUCACGGACCCCCUGAGCCAGUUUAUGGCGCGCAUGAUCAGUUCCAUGGCGACGUCGCAGGCGGGGGCCAACAACCAGCCUCCGGAGGAGCGGUAUCGGUCGCAGCUCGAGCAGCUAGUUUCCAUGGGCUUCGUCAACAGAGAUGCGAACCUUCAAGCGCUGAUUGCAACGUUUGGAGACGUGAAUGCGGCGGUGGAAAGGUUGCUGCAGUCGCAGUGAAGAGAAGACAAGAGUGCGCUGUGACUGCAAGGGGGAAAGGAGGGGGAAGAGGUAGUUGGGAAAGAGGACUCCUGGAUUAUUUUCACCCAGUGGGGCUCUUUGUAUACAUAUUAUAAAUAACCGCCCGCACGUCCGUGUGCCGCCACCACACCGAGGAGCCGGACCGAGGACUACGGGUCAGCGAGGAAGCGUGCAUGGCACCCGACCCGCGGCGUAAAACAUCCCAUUUUGACAAGUAAUAGCAGCAGACGUACGCGUACAUGCGCGACAGACUCAAGUGUGCGAGGGAAAGUGUGUAUCUUUGCUGUCUCGUUUUUUUUAUGUUUGCUUCCUUGCAUCUUUUGAAGGACUGGGUACGAAAGGGUGGAAGAACAGCGGGUGGUUUCUAUUUUGGAGUGGUCUGUGCUAGUUCUUUAAAGGGAGGAGAAAAGAAAAUGUAUGAAUGGAGCAACAGCGUUUGCAGUAGAGAGGAUGGAAGGAUUUGUUUCCAUUAAAUGGCUGAACGGGAACAAGUCUUUGGA